AUGUCGCCACAGACCCCUUUUCAUGAGCCCGAUCGCGACCCAGAAGUGCAAUCGCAGCUCGACGAUGAACAACAACACUGCUCGAUACUGCUCUCACCGUCCGAUAUGUCUCGGGCUUCCUUCCGCGAGCCGCCACACGAAGACACAAUCAGCGCGCGCACCGAAGAUGCGUUGAAUAUGCUGCGCUCCAAAGUCCCCCGUGGUGUCAUCAGUAACGCGAGCGAGCUAGAUCAGUUCAUCAACAACAUCUACUGGCUCUUUCGCUCCUACAUCAACACAAUCCAGUUCGUCACCUGCUGCCACACACAUGCUCAAGGCUACGCGUCAUACGCUGCCAUCAUUGCACAGGACAUCCGUCAGGAUGGGCAGAGCAGAGAGAGACUGAUUCUGCUGGCCAAGGGCCAAGCGUACAAGCCGGGCGAUGUGAAUGGAUACACCUUUUACAACUACGCGGAUGAUGAUCGAGGUGCGAGGUAUGACGCGAGGUUCCGCGAUUUGAGGCAGAAGAUCGAUGAAAUGAUGCAUUUGGAGAUUGCGAGGGCGGAGCAGGCUGCUAUUGAAGGGAGGAGCGGGGGUCCAGGAGGAAUGGAGAGGAGAUGAUGGCAAUGGGACUAUUGGCGUGAGAGUGUCGAAAGGGGGGUUUUGUUGGCAGAUCGGUGUGACAUAAUACCAAGCAUUGGGACUAGGGAAAAGACGAGAACGCAGAAUAAAAUAGAAAGAUGAACAUUAAGAGAAGUACGGAAUGAGAUAGUACUUAAGUCGCCGGGUCCGGAAGUGAAUCAAGCAGACAGAUAUCAGAAAGUAAAGACAAAGAAGACUACAAUGCAGCACGUCUCAGGAGCGCGUAUAGCAAUUAUAAAUAUGCCUAGCUUCAGA